AAAACACAAGCAAAUGUUAUGAGCAAGAAGAUGAAGACAGCUCUUGUGAUCAUAAACUGUAUUCUCCUAGCGAUUGGAAACUGUGGAGGCCCUCUAAUAACGCGUCUCUACUACAGAAACGGUGGCAAACGGAUCUGGUUCUCAAGCUUCCUCCAAACCGCAGGUUGUCCCAUCAUCUUCUUGCCUCUUCUCUUCUCCUUCCUCCGUCGUCGUCGUCGCCGUAAAGAAGAAGAAGAAGAAGCAAAGACUCCAUUUUUUCUCAUAAAACCUCCUCUGUUCUUCGCUUCUGUUGUGAUUGGUCUGCUCACUGGCUUUGACAAUUACCUCUACUCUUACGGAUUAGCUUACCUCCCUGUUUCUACUGCGUCUCUGAUCAUCUCCUCUCAAUUAGCCUUCACUGCUCUCUUCGCCUUUUUCAUGGUGAAGCAAAAGUUCACACCUUUCGUUAUAAACGCCGUCGUUUUGCUUACUCUUGGUGCCGGAAUCCUUGCCCUUCACACCGACGGUGACAAGCUUGCCAAGGAGACACACAAGGAGUAUGUUGUUGGGUUCCUCAUGACCGUUGCUGCAGCUAUUCUCUACGCGUUUAUAUUGCCGCUUGUGGAGCUCACUUACAAGAAAGCUCGUCAGCAGAUAAGCUACACGCUCGUGCUCGAGAUCCAGAUGGUCUUGUGCUUUGUCGCCACUUGCUUCUGCCUCGUUGGGAUGCUAGCUGAUGGUGAUUUCAAGGUGAUAGCAAAAGAAGCAAGAGAUUUUAAGCAUGGAGGGUCUUCGUAUUACACUGUGGUGGUUGUGUUCACGGCCAUAAUCUGGCAAGGGUUUUUCUUGGGAUCUAUAGGGAUAAUCUUCUGUGCAUCGUCUCUGGUCUCUGGAAUUCUGAUCAGUGCUCUGCUUCCGUUGACGGAGGUAUUGGCCGUCCUUUGCUUCCGGGAGAAGUUUCAGGCGGAGAAAGGUCUCUCUUUGUUUCUCUCCCUCUGGGGAUUUCUUUCUUACUUCUAUGGACAGAUUAAAUCCGAGAAGAAGAAGACUCCGACUCAGGCUCAGGGGACACAACUGCCUCAGCUUCCAAUUACUGACUCUGUAGCUUAA